AAUCACAAACCCGCGACAUUAGAAGAUCCGCGUCUUGGCAAAUACGAGACGAGAAGGGAUCAGAGAGGAAGUAUUAUUGUUGUAAACUUAGAUUAUAUAUUUGUCUUUGUUAGACUUAAAACUUGAGUGAAUGCAGUCGCGUCAAUAGUCUUCCUCGUCGACCAUUUUGCCUGCCAAACAAGAGCUGGACAUUCUAUAUCAAGACAGUUACCCCUUAGUGGAAGGUUGACGUCACAGACAAAAGCAAAUCCAUCAUCAAGUAGUUGAAAUUAAGCGUCACUUAUUUUACUUGGCACGUAACUCUUUUGACGAAGACAACUCAUCUUGUUUGUUUUCCUCUCCAAAAGAUGAAGGUUUCCCUGUACUUGGCUUCACUUAUAUGCAUUUACUGUGGCCUUUGGACACAGGUGUAUGGUUGCAGAGACAACAAUCGACUCUGUUCUACUUGGGCAAGAAAUGGAGAAUGCGGGAAAAAUCCACGGUACAUGAAGGUCAACUGCAAAUUAAGCUGCAGAAUAUGUACCCCUGUAGCCGUAGCCGCAUGCUAUGACAGAAGUGUCUACUGUGCUAGUUGGAGGCGGAAUGGUGAAUGCCGCCGGAAUUAUGCUUAUAUGAAUCGUUACUGCAAGAGAAGCUGCGGAUGGUGCCCUGUGAAUGGUAACUGGGGUUCCUGGGGUACCUUGUCUUCCUGCUCCAAGAGCUGUGGAACCGCAGGAACCAUGAGCAGGAGACGAACAUGUUCUAAUCCUGCCCCUCGGAAUGGCGGCCGUACCUGUGCAGGCGACUCUAUCAAAUAUUUCCAGUGUAACCGCACACCUUGUAAAGUACCAGUCAACGGAAACUGGGGGGCCUGGCGCCCAUGGUCUACGUGUACAAAAACCUGCGGAGGGGGUGUCAAGAGGAGAACAAGGACAUGCUCCAAUCCAGCCCCCAAAAAUGGGGGACGUGCGUGUACAGGAUCCUCUGCUGAGUCCCAGGCUUGUAACACAUCACCUUGCAAAGUGCCAGUUGAUGGAAAAUGGGGAGUCUGGGGCAAAUGGACCACUUGUUCAAAGACCUGCGGAGGCGGUUACAUGUCAAGGAGCCGCACAUGUAACAAUCCAGCUCCGCAGAAUGGGGGCCGUCCAUGUCAAGGACCCAGUUCUGAGAGAACCAGUUGUAACGAUCAGAAAUGUCCAGAAACGUGUGGCAGCCCAAAACAGCUGAGUCGCAUUGUUGGAGGUCAGGUAGCCUCCAAUCGAGACUGGCCGUGGCAAGUUGGGCUCCAGACUCUCACCGAUGACUUUAUUUUUUGUGGCGGAUCGCUUCUUAAUCGGGAGUGGGUACUUACCGCUGCUCAUUGUAUUUACCGUAACAAUCCGAGCAGAAAAGGCUGUGUAGCACCGAAUCCAGGAUUGAGAAUUAUCAUUGGAGAAUUUGAUGUCGACAACAUUGAAGGGCAUGAGGUUAAAAAAAAUAUAGCCCAAAUUUGCAUGCAUCCCAGUUACGACCACAGCAUCUUCGACUAUGACAUUGCCCUUCUCCGCUUAUCCACUCCUCUACCGGGAUAUAACGAGACCAUGAGCCCCAUCUGUUUACCUACUGCUUCCAGCAACUUUCCCCCGGGGACAAACUGCUCAGUGACUGGAUGGGGCAAGACCCAUCAAUCUGGGUGGACGUCGAAUAAACUCCGGGUAGCCCGGGUUCCUAUUAUUGAGCAUGCGCGCUGUAAGCAGCAGUACCUGGAGAGUACCGGGGAUACUGUCACAGACCGUAUGAUCUGCGCCGGCUACGAGCAGGGGAAGAUAGACAGCUGCAAAGGGGACAGCGGAGGGCCAUUCGUGUGUCUGGAGAGGGGCAGGUACGUUCUCGUUGGAGCCACAAGUUGGGGAGUGGGUUGCGCACAAGCUAGGAGGCCUGGUGUCUAUACUGAUAUUAAGGACUUUUUGCCGUGGAUUCAAGGAGUUAUUUCUCCAGAAGAGCCUUGACAAUUUCACGCACGCACUUUCUCCCGUCAAUACCGCAUGGCGCUCAUAAACUUUAGAAAACAUGUACACGUGCAUUUCUUUAGAGUAAAUUGCACGAUUUUUUUGCAUGAUAAAGCAAUUUUUUUUGAGUGUCAAAAGUAAUCAGGAAUUGCAUUGGUUUUUCUUUACUUCGCUCUGUGAUUGGUCCUGUAAACCCACGCCU